AUGGAUUCAGGCAGUGACUGUGAAUCAGAACAUAAAAAAGGUCACAAAGAAGACGUUUCGGUGUCUGGUAAAGUUAAUAAAGUUAACAGAAUUAAUCAGUUUUGGCAUUCAGGUCACUUUUCAAACAUAUUUUCCUUGACGUGCCGUGUAGGAGGACAUCUCAUUGUGCAAGCAAUGACCAUGUACUCUAGAAAGCUAGAACAAUGGCGUUACGACAGCUUUAAAUCAUUGUUUACCCUCAUCGACACUGAGUUUCUUUCCGUUGUAAAGUGUAUUUGGAUUAGAAGCAUGUGCACGACAGAAAUCGUUGCUAAGCGCAAGGAGAAGAAUAAAACAUCCACAUAG